AUGUCUAGAUUGAUCAUUUGGGAUGAAGCACCAAUGGUAAAUCGUUGUGCUGUUGAAACUGUAGAUAGAAUGUUCAGAGAUAUUACUGAUUGUAAUUUUCUUUUUGGUGGGAAAGUAGUAGUUCUCAGAGGAGAUUUUCGACAAAUUCUACCGGUAGUACCAAAAGGAAAAAAGGAAGACAUAAUGAAAGCUAGCUUAGUUUUCUCAAACUUAUGGCUUUUGUAUUUGCAUCUACCAUUGGUCGAGAAUAUGAGGGUGAAUCUGGAUCCCACAUUUUAUGAUUACUUGCUAAGAAUUGGAGAUGAAACAAAGCCAGAACAUAAUUGCAGAUGCAUUAAACUUCCAAACGAUACAGUUCUAUCAUUUGAGGAUGAAAUUACAUCUUUAAAAAAUUUGAUACAUCAUGUUUUUCUAGAUAUAGAAGCAUAUGCCGAUAAUCUUCAUGCGAUGGUAGAUCGAGUUAUUCUUACGCCUACAAAUGAAUGUGUUGAUCAUAUUAACAGAAUUUUACUCAUACAGAUUCCUGUUGAGAUUUUCACAUACUAUAAUUUCGAUGAAGCUAUUGAUAAAUCAGAACAGAGCUUUCAAGAAGUUUUUUUAAAUAGUUUGACCUCAAAUGGUAUUCCGCCACAUGAGUUAAACCUCAAGGUUGUAAUGUCCUUCCAUGAAUGUGGUAGUAAUGUUGGGGAUGAUGUUUGUAUUUCCCUGCCUCUUCAACUGAUUUUGAGGCUUGGUGAAGAGCCUGUUGCAUUUAAUGUGUUCAAGGCCAUAAAAUAUCCAGCUGAGUCAAACAAUUGUUUCCAAAUCGAUGUGAUUGACAAGGCAGUUUAUGACACCUUCUAG